GAGGUGGCCCUGCACAUGGGGCUGGACACCCGGAAGAGCUCGUCCCUGUGGAAGGACAAGGCCGCGGUGGAGAUCAACGUCGCUGUGCUGCACAGCUUCCAGGUUGCCAAGGUGACAAUCGUGGAUCACCACGCGGCCACGGAGUCCUUCAUCAAGCACAUGGAUAACGAGCUGCAGAUGCGCGGUGGGUGCCCGGCCGACUGGGUCUGGAUCGUGCCCCCCAUCUCGGGCAGCCUCACGCCCGUGUUCCACCAGGAGAUGGUCAACUACCUGCUCUCGCCUUGCUUCCGGUACCAGCCGGACGCCUGGAAGGUUUAUACCUCGAAGGGCACCAGCGUCACCAGGAAGAAAACCUUCAAAGAAGUGGCCAACGUGGUGAAGAUCUCGGCCAAGCUGAUGGUCCACGUGAUGGCGCGUCGCGUCAAGGCCACCAUCCUGUACGCCACCGAGAUGGGCAAGUCCCGCACCUACGCCUGGAACCUGGGCGAGCUGUUCCGGCACGCCUUCGACCCCAAGGUUGUCUGCAUGGACGAGUACGACAUUGUCAGCCUGGAGCAUGAGACCCUGGUAUUGGUCGUGACCAGCACCUUCGGCAACGGCGACCCGCCGGAGAGUGGGGAGAGCUUUGCCAAGGCGCUGAUGGAGAUGUCCUGCCCCUACGUCAGCUCCACGCAGCCCGAGCAACAAAAGAGCUACAAGAUCCGGUUCAACAGCGUCUCGCAGAGCGACGGGCUGGUGGCCUCGUGGAAGAAGAAGCGGAAGGAGUCGAGCAACACGGACAGCGCCGGGGCCCUGGGCACGCUCCGGUUCUCGGUCUUCGGGCUGGGCUCCCGGGCCUACCCCCACUUCUGUGCCUUCGCCCAUGCCGUGGACACGCGGCUGGAGGAGCUGGGGGGCGAGCGCAUCCUGGCCAUGGGGGAGGGCGACGAGCUGUGUGCCCAGGAGGAGGCCUUCCGCACCUGGGCCAGACGGGUCUUUCAGGCCGCCUGCGACACCUUCUGUGUUGGGGACGACGCCGAGGAGGCCGCCAGGGAGAUUUUCACCACGCGGCGAAGCUGGAAGCUCCAGAACUACCAGCUGGGCGUCUGCACCGAGUCCCCGGACGUGCUGACAGGUUUAUCCCACGUGCACAAGCGCAGGGUGUUUCCGUGCCGUGUCCUUUCCGUGCAGAACCUGCAGAGCCAGGAGUCCAGCCGCUCCACCAUCCUGGUGCGCCUGGACACGGCCGGGCAGCCGGAGCUGCAGUACCUGCCCGGGGACCACGUGGGCAUCUUCCCCGCCAACCGCCCGGAGCUGGUGCAGGAGCUGCUGCAGCGCGUGGAGGACCCGCCCCCCGACGGGGAGCCCGUGGCCGUGGAGUUCCUGGAGAAGGCAACCAGUGGCAGGCGCGCCAGCCCCAAGGCCAGCUGGGUGCCCCUCAGUCGCCUGCCGCCCUGCACCCUGCACCAGGCCCUCACCUUCUUCCUGGACAUCACCACCCCGCCCAGCCCCCAGCUCCUGCAGCUGCUGGCCACGCUGGCGGAGGACAGCGCCGAGCGGGAAGAGCUGCAGCGGCUCAGCCAGGACGCCCAGCUCUACGAGGAGUGGAAGUGGUUCUGGUGCCCCACGCUGGGCCAGGUGCUGGAGCAGUUCCCCUCGCUGGUGCUGCCCGCCUCCCUGCUCCUCACCCAGCUCCCUCUGCUGCAGCCGCGCUAUUACUCGGUCAGCUCCGCGCCCGGCGCCCACCCCGGCCAGAUCCACCUCACCGUGGCCGUGCUGACCUACCAGAGCCAGGACGGCAAGGGGCCCCUGCACUUCGGUGUCUGUUCCACCUGGCUGGCCCAGCUGCAGGAGGGGGACAUGGUGCCUGCCUUCAUCAGAGGGGCCCCGUCCUUCCGGCUCCCGCAGGACCCCAGUGCCCCCUGCAUCCUGGUGGGUCCGGGCACCGGCAUCGCCCCCUUCCGGGGCUUCUGGCAGCAGCGACUGCAUGACAUGGAGACGGAAGGCCUCCGGCCGGGCGAGAUGACCCUGGUGUUCGGCUGCCGCUGUGCCCGCCUCGACCACCUCUACCAGCAGGAGGCGCUGGAGGCCCAGCAGAAGGGGGCGCUGAGCCGGGUGCUGACGGCUUUCUCCAGGGACCCCGACAUCCCCAAGGCCUACGUGCAGGACGUCCUGCGGACGCAGCUGCCGGGCGAGGUGCACCAGGUGCUGUGCCAGCGCGGGGGCCACCUCUACGUCUGCGGGGACGUCACCAUGGCCACCGGCGUCCUGCAGACCGUGCAGCAGAUCCUGGCCCAGGAGGGAGGCAUGACGCUGGCCGAGGCCGGAGACUUAAUCAGCGAACUCCGGGACCAGAACCGCUGCCACGAGGACAUCUUCGGCCUGACGUUCCGCACGCAGGAGGUGGCCUCGCGGAUCCGCUCUCAGUCCUUCUCGGCACAGGCGCGGAGCCUGCUGGAGCCCGCCCCCUGCGUGACCCCUGGCUCCUCGGCCCUUGGGGGUGGGAGCAGGGCCCUUUGCCCCACUGCUGCUGCCUCCCCCCCUGCAGCCCCCCAAUAAAGCGUUUAGUUUUGAUAAUU